CUUAAACUUUUUCCAACUUCCGUCCUGGCUUCAACUCCUGAAGGUAUGCCGGCAAAUCUUUCAUUUCUUCCUUCUGAUUGGAUUUUGUAUGACGAAGCAGUUCCACUACAGAUUGCACUAGGUUAUAACAGUAACCUUAAUCAUCAAAUAAAUCAACCUAACCUGAAUGGAGGUAGUCACGACAAUUGUGAAGAAACCGAAGGCGAUAAUACAGCCAUGUUGCGUUGCUUGACAGUGGUUUCAUCAAUUACAGUGGCACUUUUGGCUGGAUCAAUGCGUCUGAAGCCAGAACUUCUUAGAGAAACUGAAGUUGCUGUUCAUGGUCGGUCCUAUAACUUAAAUAGAUAUACAGAUUCCUUAUAA